UGGGGGAAGCCGGGUGGGAAGGGGAUUUAAAAGCCCUCAGCAGCCUGGGGUAAGGUUUGUUUGUGUUUUCUCCCCGGGGAAGCGACUCCCUCGAAACCUCCCUUUGCUGAGCUGCUUCCUAGAGCUUGGAGUAAGGCUGGAGAGGGUGGCCUUCCCAUUACAUCUGGAUGGCCGCAGGAGUGUUCUGCUGUGGUUAGCUCUGCUUACUUGCCCGCUGGGUCUUUAAAUGGCAAUUGUGGACACUCUGCAAACACUCCAGCUUGGGGUCUGGAAGCCCUCAGUCUAGACUGCAGCAGAAACCUGCUUGUCUCCCCACUUCUCUGGACCGGACUGAGGUUACCACUGGGACAAUGGAUUACCAGCCAGACUCCCAGAAAUCAUGCUGGUAGGAUCCCAAUCCUUCUCCCCUGGAGGGCCCAAUGGGAUCAUCAGAAGCCAGUCCUUCGCGGGGUUCAGCGGCCUGCAGGAGAGGCGAUCCAGAUGCAACUCCUUCAUUGAAAAUUCCUCUGCUCUCAAGAAGCCCCAAACCAAACUGAAGAAAAUGCACAAUUUAGGACACAAAAACAACAACCUUCCCAAAGAACCUCAGCCUCAAAGGGUGGAAGAGGUCUACCGGGCCUUGAAGAAUGGACUUGAUGAAUACCUGGAGGUUCACCAGACGGAGCUGGACAAGUUGACAGCACAAUUGAAGGAUAUGAAAAGAAACUCUCGCCUGGGUGUGCUGUAUGACCUAGACAAGCAAAUUAAAACGAUUGAAAGAUACAUGAGACGCCUGGAGUUUCACAUUAGUAAGGUAGAUGAACUCUAUGAAGCUUAUUGUAUCCAAAGACGCCUCCAAGAUGGUGCCAGCAAAAUGAAGCAAGCCUUUGCAACAUCCCCUGCCAGCAAAGCUGCCCGAGAGAGCCUGUCAGAGAUCAACCGGAGUUACAAAGAGUACACAGAGAAUAUGUGCACCAUUGAAGCUGAGCUGGAGAAUCUGCUGGGGGAGUUCUCUAUCAAGAUGAAAGGUCUGGCUGGCUUUGCUCGUCUCUGUCCAGGGGAUCAGUAUGAAAUUUUCAUGAAGUAUGGCCGACAGAGGUGGAAACUCAAAGGCAAAAUAGAAGUGAACGGCAAACAGAGCUGGGAUGGAGAGGAAACGGUGUUCCUGCCCCUGAUCGUUGGAUUAAUUUCCAUCAAGGUCACAGAGCUCAAAGGACUGGCAUCUCACCUCCUGGUAGGCAGCGUGACUUGUGAGACCAAAGAGCUGUUCGCAGCCCGACCUCAGGUCGUGGCUGUUGACAUCAAUGACCUUGGCACCAUCAAACUGAACCUGGAGAUCACCUGGUAUCCAUUUGAUGUGGAGGAUAUGACCCCAUCCUCAGGUACCGGGAACAAGACCGCAGCCCUCCAGAGGAGAAUGUCCAUGUACAGCCAGGGCACCCCAGAAACACCCACCUUCAAAGAUCACUCCUUCUUUUCUAAUCUACCGGAUGACGUCUUUGAAAAUGGAAAGGCAGCUGAGGAGAAAACACCCCUCUCUCUCAGCUUCAGCGACCUGCCCAACGGGGACUGUGCCCUCACCCCCAGCUCAGCCGGCUCUCCCACCAACGCCUACUCAGCAAAUCCAGAAAUUACCAUCACCCCUGCAGAGCUGCACCUCAGUGGCCUGUCCACCCAGAAGGAAGGCCUGGAUGACAGCAGCUCAGUAUCUUCCAGAAACUCCUUGGGAGAAAGCCAAGAGCCAAAGCCUCACCUGCAGGAAGAUGCUGAAGGACCCAGAAAACCCGAAGCCCCCCGAGCGGCUGCAGGCUCCGGGGCCGAGCACGUCUUCCUGGAGAAGGAAGUCGCUGAGGCCCUUCUGCAAGAGUCGGAUGAGGCCUCUGAGCUCAAGCCUGUGGAGCUGGAUGCUUUUGAAGGGAAUGUCACGAAGCAGCUGGUGAAGAGGCUCACCUCGGCUGAGGUGCCGCUGGCCACGGAGAAGCUGCUCUUUGAGGGCUCUGUCAGCGGCGAGUCUGAAGGUUGUAGGUCCUUUCUAGAUGGAAGCUUAGAGGAUGCCUUUACUGGGCUUUUCCUGGCAUUAGAACCACAUAAAGAGCAGUAUAAGGAGUUUCAGGAUCUGAACCAAGAAGCCAUGCAUUUGGAUGAUAUUCUAAAAUGCAAGCCAGCAGUAAGCCGCAGCAGGUCCUCCAGUUUAAGUCUUACAGUUGAAAGUGCUUUAGAAAGCUUUGAUUUCCUGAACACCUCUGAUUUUGACGAGGAGGAAGAUGGUGAUGAGGUUGGUAAUGUUGGAGGAGGUGCUGACUCAGUGUUUUCAGACACUGAGACCGAGAAAAAUAGUUACAGGUCGGUCCACCCGGAAGCCAGGGGCCACCUCAGUGAAGCUCUGACGGAGGACACAGGUGUGGGUACAAGUGUGGCAGGAAGCCCCCUCCCACUGACCUCAGGAAAUGAGAGUCUGGAUAUCACUAUCGUUAGGCACCUGCAGUACUGCACCCAGCUUGUUCAGCAAAUUGUUUUCUCAAGCAAAACCCCAUUUGUGGCAAAAAAUCUCUUAGAGAAGCUUUCUAGGCAAAUCCAAGUGAUGGAGAAACUCUCAGCUAUCAGUGAUGAGAACAUCGGAAACAUCAGUUCUGUCAUCGAAGCCAUACCAGAAUUUCACAAAAAGCUGUCUUUGCUGGCAUUCUGGACCAAGUGCUGCAGCCCCAUCGGUGUCUACCACAGUUCGGCUGACAGAAUGAUCAAGCAGCUCGAAGCCAGCUUUGCCAGAGCCGUCAACAGAGAGUAUCCAGGACUCGCAGACCCAGUGUUUCGGACCCUGGUGUCCCAAAUUCUGGACCGGGCUGAGCCUCUGCUUUCCUCCAGCCUUUCCUCAGAAGUCAUCACUGUUUUCCAGUAUUACAAUUACUUUACCAGUCACGGUGUGAGCGACCUGGAGAGCUACUUGAAUCAGCUGGCCAAGCAAGUUUCCAUGAUAGAGACUCUGCAAUCACUAAGAGAGGAAAAACUGUUACAGGCCAUGAGUGACCUCACCCCCAGCAGCCUCCCUGCCCAGCAGGAAGUUCUCAGGACCCUGGCUCUGCUGUUAACUGGAGAGGACAGUGAUGUGAGUGAGGCCGUGACACUUUACUUGACAGCAGCCUCCAGAAACCAACAUUUCAGGGAAAAGGCCUUACUAUAUUACUGUGAAGCAUUAACAAAGACAAACCUCCAGCUGCAGAAGGCAGCCUGCCUGGCCUUGAAAAGCCUGGAGGCUACUGAAAGCAUUAAGAUGCUGGUGACGUUGUGUCAGUCCGAUACUGAAGAAAUCAGAAAUGUGGCCUCAGAAACUCUGCUGUCUCUUGGAGAAGACGGACGCUUGGCCUAUGAGCAGUUGGACAAAUUUCCUCGAGACUGUGUUAAAGCUGGAGGUCGUCAUGGAGCUGAAGUUGCUACAGCUUUUUAAUUACAAGUUCACUCUGCCUAACAGCUGUCUUAAUGAAUGGCCCUUUGAAUCAAGAUGGUGCUGUGAUCUAGCCGGGAUGUGUUUAAAACUUGAAGAGUUUUGCUGAAGCUGUCUGGAAAUUUAACAUGCUGUAGAAAGAAUUCAAGUUCAGUUUCACAGUAUCACUCCACUUUUCCUUUGGCUAAGAGGCUAGGGCUGCAUCUAAUUCCAUAGAUGAUCCUUUUGAUGGCAUCUGACAAUACUUAGUUUCCAAAAAGUCCAUCUUGCCUAAUAGGUACAGAAUUUUAAAAUAGCCAUCUUUGUAUUUUUUUGUAAGUUCUAGUGUAAGCUUGAAAUAGUCUUGUGAUGGUUUUUUUGAUAAUUAUCAAAUGCCUUGCGAUUUUUCUCUGUUGUGCUCUCAGGGUUGAGUGGCCCCCCUUAGCUACCCAAUUUAACUUAAAUACAAAGCACAAAUAAUUUUAUCAAAUAAACGUUUGCCUGCAGGACUCCUGUUAAAUGGCGCAUUGUAAGUUUAAGUUUUUUAUUCCAAGCCUCCAGUAUUUCUUGUGGAACUUUUUUUUUCUCCAUCAUGAAAAUUUCAAAAGCAUGUUCCCAUUAUGGUAAGAAAAAUAGGUAGACGAGCAACAACUGCCUUGUUAAGAUUAAACCUGUCCUCAUUGGGGGAAAAAAGGAAUUCAAAAAUUUAAACUUUUUUUAAAGCAAGAGUUGUUUUUUAUGAUGCUGUACAAUGCAGGAAUUUUGAUGCUAAGACAAAUCAGAACCCAAAGGCGUGACUUCAGAAAUUAUUGAUAACACUCUUUGAAAGUGGAAGAAUCUGGUCGUUGAAGAAGUGCUAACAGUGAAAACAUGGGGGUGUUAAAUAUCACCCUCCCUUCUGUAAAAAUCACCACAGGAUUAGGAAGAAGAAUGCCCUGAGGAAUAGUUACUCCCCAGAGAAAUCACUCAUUGCUAGAGGUUGCAUCGGUUGGCCAAGUAGUUAAUCAGCAGCUGCAGUUAUUGCUUCUGUUUCAGGAUAACAAGUCCAUUCGAGAACGUACAAGACCCUUCAGUAGCUCUUACUAGGUAAUUUUUCUUCCUCUUGAGACUAUACAUGGUGAGAUAUGCCAAGAUACAAAAUAAUAUGUGUGAGUGUAAUAUAAAUUGUGGAAUAUCAAUUGUGCUCUGAAUGUGUUUGUAUAAAAUAUCAUUUAGAUGUCAUUAAAAUAUUUUCAUUUGAGCAAGACCUUUAAAAACAACCCUUAUUACCUUUAUUUCAUUUUCAAGUAAAAUGGUUUGCCAGAUUUCCUGGCAAAUAGUUCAUUCAACUGUGAAGUUAUAAAGUAUAUAUAUAUAUUUGUAUAUUUAUAAAUAUUAUAUAUAUGCACAUAUCCCUCAUUUUAAAGGUACAUUGUACAGUCUAUAGUUAGUAUGUAUAGUCGGUAGGCUAUGUGACAUGGUUGAAAUGAUUUCUUUUAUAGAAAGUCCAAUCACAAAUGUUAGUUUUUGUUUGGUUUGUGGUUUUUUUUAUUUUUUGAAUAUUGCAUGAAUAAUUUCCUAUCUUUUGUAUUCACAUCUGCAUUUUAUUUUUUGUUGAAGCGCAGGUGCUUUAAGUUUGGUGGCAUUUGUAUUCAUCACUCUUUCAAACAUGUAAGUCAAAAUAAAAAUUAUUUUUGA